AUGGCGGCGAAGAGGGGUGGCAUGGCUAACAAAACGGGCGACAGGGGCUCCAAUACUAUCAAAGUGGUGGCGCGGUUCCGCCCGCAGAACAAGGUCGAGAUAGCCAGCGGCGGAGAGCCCAUAGUCGAAUUCAAAUCCGACGACACAUGUACGAUCCAGUCGAAAGAGGCCUCCGGGGCCUUUACCUUCGAUCGCGUUUUCGACAUGAACUCCCGCCAGGCCGACGUCUUCGACUACUCCAUCCGCCCCACCGUCGACGAUAUUCUGAAUGGAUACAACGGAACAGUCUUCGCCUACGGGCAGACAGGAGCCGGAAAGUCGUACACCAUGAUGGGUAGCGAUAUGGACGAUGAGGUCGGCAAGGGAGUCAUCCCGCGUAUCAUCCAGCAAAUCUUCGCAAGCAUUCUGGCAUCGCCGAGCAACAUUGAAUACACCGUCCGCGUCAGUUACAUGGAGAUUUACAUGGAGCGCAUUCGCGAUCUUUUGGUUCCCCAAAACGACAAUCUGCCGGUGCACGAAGAGAAGAACAGGGGAGUCUACGUCAAGGGUCUGCUGGAAGUGUACGUUUCGAGCGAGGAAGAAGUCUACGAGGUCCUCCGAAGAGGUGGAUCGGCACGAGCGGUCUCAGCUACCAACAUGAACGCCGAAUCCUCGCGAUCGCAUUCCAUCUUCGUCGUAACGGUCAAUCAGAAGAACGUCGAGACCGGGUCAUUGAAGAGCGGACAGCUCUUCUUGGUCGAUUUGGCUGGUUCUGAGAAGGUCGGCAAGACCGGAGCGAGUGGACAGACGCUGGAGGAAGCAAAGAAGAUCAACAAGAGUUUGAGUGCCUUGGGCAUGGUCAUCAACUGCUUGACCGACAGCAAAACGCAACAUAUCCCCUACCGAGACUCGAAGCUCACACGUAUUCUUCAAGAAUCGCUCGGUGGUAACUCCCGGACGACCCUGAUCAUCAACUGUUCGCCAAGUAGUUAUAACGAUGCCGAAACGCUGGGAACACUUCGGUUCGGUAUGCGCGCAAAGACCAUCAAGAACAAGGCCAAGGUCAACGCCGAACUCAGUCCGGCUGAGCUCAAGGCCAUGCUCAAGAAGGUACAAGGACAAGUCACGUCAUACGAGACAUACAUCGGUUCGCUCGAAGGGGAGGUCUCGGUUUGGCGUGCAGGUGAAGCCGUCCCCAAGGAGAAAUGGAUUCCGCCUCUAGAGACAAGUCCGUCAUCUGGAAGGAAGCCAGCGACAGCACCCCGUCCAGGAACGCCAUCGAGACUGGAAGGUGUGAGAAAUUCGGAAACGCCACGACCUGAUUCGCGAAUGGACCUGGAACGCGCAGGUACACCCAGCAUACCACUAGACAAGGACGAGAAGGACGACUUUCUGCGAAGAGAGAACGAGCUCCAGGACCAGGUUGCCGAGAAAGAAUCACAGCUUGCCAAGGCCGAGGACCAACUCAAGUCUGCCAAAGAGGAGCUUCAAUACUACAAAGACCGGGACGCGAAGACGAACAAGGACAAUGAGCGAAUCACCAUGGAGCUCAACGAGAUGCGCAUGCAGGUUGAGAAGAUUCAGUUUGAGAGCAAGGAGGCGCAAAUCACCAUGGACGGACUGAAGGAAGCCAACUCGGAGCUGACCACCGAGCUGGACGACGUCAAGCAACAGCUCCUGGACGCAAAGAUGAACGCCAAGGAGACUUCCGCCGCUAUGGACGAGAAGAAGAGGAAGAAGGCCGAGGCAAUGGCACAAAUGAUGGCCGGCUUCGAUCUCGGCGGCGAGGUGUUCAGUGACAACGAGCGCACGAUACGGAAGAUUAUUGAAGAGCUAGACCAGCUCCACGACAUGAGCGCAGCUGGCGAGGCGAUUGCUCCGGAUGCGAUCAAGGGCCUGCGGGAGAAGAUUGUCGAGACACAGGGCAUUGUACGACAAGCCGAGCUCUCCCUUACUGCCCGCAGUGAGGAGGACAACACAUAUGCCAAGCGCCGCGAAGCACUGGAGGCACGCUGCGAGACCUUGCAGACGCAGUACGAGGAACUCCUCGAAGGCAACCUUUCAGAGCAAGACAAGGAAGAGCUCAAGGCACGCCUUGCCGACGCCUACUCUGCCCGACAAGAAGGCAACCUCGAACUUGUCGAAAGCCUCAAGCAGGAUACUGCACGUAUGCUGGAAGAGAACCAGAAGCUCAAGGCCGAGAACGAAAGCCUGCAACAGCGCAUUAAGAGUGGCGCCAUUGCCAACGGUGUCGCCAACGGCAUCAACGGCAAGACUGUGCAACAGCAGAUUGCCGAGUUUGACAACAUGAAGAAGAGCCUCAUGCGCGAUCUCCAAAACCGCUGUGAACGAGUUGUCGAGCUUGAGAUUUCGCUAGACGAGACACGCGAGCAGUAUAACAACGUGCUCCGUACCUCCAACAACCGCGCCCAGCAGAAGAAGAUGAUGUUCCUCGAGCGCAACCUCGAGCAACUCACCGUCGUCCAGCGCCAGCUCGUCGAGCAAAACAGCUCCCUGAAGAAGGAAGUCGCCAUCGCCGAGCGCAAACUCAUGGCCCGCAAUGAGCGGAUACAGUCUCUAGAAAGCUUGUUGCAAGACUCCCAGGAGAAACUCACAGCUGCGAAUCACCGCUUCGAAGCCCAACUCACAGCCGUCAAAGAGCGCCUCGAGUCCGCCAAAGCGGGCUCCACCCGCGGUCUCGGUUCCCCCGCUGGCGGCGCAUCUUACGCUGGCUUCGGCGGCGUCGGCUCCCGCAUCGCCAAACCGCUUCGUGGCGGCGGUGGUGGACCCGUCGCGGAUGGGCCUGUCCUCCCUGUCAUUGGCAAUCUGCAGAAGCAGGACGGUGAUGGGGGGGAUGCGAAUAAGGGGAAGCGGACGAGCUGGUUCUUUAAUCAGCGGUAG